AUGAAAACCAGAAAUUCAAAACCAUUUGCUACUGUUGCAAACAAUAAAGAAGUUGAUUAUUCAAGUGUUGAUAAUUUACAAGUUAAACUGAAUGCUACCAAUAAACGAGAUGAUAAUGAGGUUGAUAGUAUCAGUGAAUUGUCUCAAUCUUCUAUAAUUAUACCUUCACAACAACUAUCACCAGAUUUAAGAUUAAGAAAUGAAUCACCUACUUUAAGAUCAAAAAUUUCAUUUCAAGUAAUGACACCUUUGAGACAACUAUCACCAGCUUUAGAAUCAAGAUUUGCACCUUCAAAAUGUUCAUCACCAGCUUUAGGAUCAAGAAUUAAUAUUCAAAAUGAUUUUACUUCUUUCUAUCAAAAUUCUAUUAAUCUAAUGAUUGCACCUCUAUGA